UGAUAAAUAAAUGUGCCAUGCUGCCAUGUGCUUGUCUGUUUAUACUUUGUGUUUGUGUCAAACCAAUUUUUUUUCAUAUUUUUUUGCUUAUUGAUGCUUUUUCUCAUUUUAAAUCAAUGAUUGGCUACAUGACUAGCAUGACCUGGUAAAACCUACGAAUAAAGGGGGUAAAACAGACUCCCCCAUGUUUUCACAGUUUAUAAAUGAAAACCAAAUUGGGACGACGCCACUGCCACCCCAACAAUAACCACUAAUCUAUCUAGCAAUGACUUGCAAAAAUUGAACAGGUUUCAAAAAUAUUCCCUUCUUGUUCCCUUUCUCUUGUGUUGAUAUCAUAGAAAUAAAUGAAAAAUUAACUGAGCUGAAAUCUGAAAUUCAAACACCUAAUGAGAAAAAUGGGCUCCGAGGUGAAGAGAACUGGAAAACUUGCCCCUUUAUCACCACCUCCAAUUAUAGAUAUAUCAGAUGACGAAUUGGUGACAAUUUCAGUCAGAGAUCUCAACAGACAGUUGAAACUUAGGGGCCUUUCCAGAGAAGAAAUAGUUCGUAUGAAACAGCGAAGAAGAACUCUCAAGAACAGAGGGUAUGCUGCUUCUUGUCGAAUAAAAAGAAUAGAACAAAAAGAUGAGCUUGAAACGGAAAAAACUCAGGAGUGGCGUGACUCUGAGGUCAUGCAAGAAGAAGUUGUUCAGAUGAGGGAAGAUGUGAAUGAUUUCAAGAGACGCUAUGAUGCACUCAAACAGUUUGCUAUUAGAAAUAAGAUUCCCAUUCCACUUGAACUGGAACAUCUAUAAUAUCAUAUACAUAUACAUCAUUAGGUAUUCUAUCAUUAUUUUUUGAAAAAGAUUUUUUUUUUAUUUAUUAAUAAGAAUAAACAUAUACUCAUUAA